AUCAAUAACACGCUCUUAUUAUCGCAAUUCUGUGGGUGGCUUACUAGUGUUCGACAUCACGAAUCGCCGAUCUUUUGAACACGUGAAAGACUGGCUAGAAGAAGCAAAAAUGCACGUACAGCCCUUUCAGAUUGUGUUCCUGUUAGUAGGACAUAAAUGUGACCUAGUGUCACAGCGUGAGGUUACAAGAGAAGAAGCCGAAAAACUGUCAUCUGACUGUGGUAUGAAAUAUAUAGAAACUUCAGCGAAAGAUGCCACGAAUGUUGAAGAGUCCUUUACCAUUCUUACCCGAGACAUCUAUGAACUUGUAAAAAAGGGAGAAAUCUCAAUACAAGAUGGAUGGGAAGGUGUGAAGAGCGGCUUUGUUCCAAAUGUUGUACAUUCGUCAGAAGAGGCUGUAAAGCCCAGAAGACAGUGCAUCUGCUGA